AAAAAACUCUACCAUCUCUCUCUCAAAUUUUCUUUUCUCCAACUGAUUGAACUGAUUCCUUUGCCACACUGCGUUAUGUUCUUCUAUUAUCCAUCGAAGGAAGAAUUUGUUUGUGACUGCAUUGGCCUUUGGAUGAAAAUCAUGGCAUAAUAUUCUACCCCUGGAAGCUAAUUUUUUUCAACUUCUAUGCCUUCUUGUAUGGCUGAUUGACAUCUUUCUUCUACAUUUGGGCUUCUUAGAGUACAAUUAGGAAGCUACUUAUGUUAAAAGGGGAGUGUAACUCUAUAAUCUUCUGAAAUGUUUCGGGUAUCUGUGGAUUUCUAUAUUAAUCUAGCCAUGUCCAAAAUAAAUUCCUAAGUGUUCAACUAAUAUCUAGAAAUUAGAAGUAAUGCUGAUUGCUGUUUGAUGAAACAUAUGUAUGUUAGAUUGGUCACUUUUUUUUUACUAAUGUUGGGGUAUUCAACUGUAAAAGCAACAUUGUGCCCUUAGUUCCUAUUAUUGUAGGAUCCCAUUAUUUCAAAUUUAAUGUUUUCCUUUUUUUACCUUUUUGAUGGAUAUUUCUCUUUUGCGUCAUAGUUGUCAAAUUUGUUAAAUGACAUAAAUCUUACAUAUGAACUUGAAUUUAAAUGAAUUAGGAGGAUUCUGUUUAAUUCAAUAGGAUUCAAUAUGGUUCUUUUAUAUGAGGUACCCCAUAUGGAUUAAGAAGAACAAGUCUUGUCACAUCAAUCACAUCAAUAUGCUAGAUGACAAUGAGGGUGGAAGAUAGAAGUUAUAUCAUGUCAAAGUUCUCUUCGUUCUUGGUGGCAAAAAGUCACAUGCCGGCCCCACGACCAUUUAUAGAGAGGAAUUGAUCUCCAGACCUUUUGAUGGCAACACCCCAUGCAAUUAGGGAUGUAAAUGAGCGGAGCCGAGCUUUGGGGAGUUCAAGCUUUUUUAAAGGGCACGGAGAAGAAAAAGAUAAAAGGGAAGAAGAAAAGAACGCAAAGAAGAAGAAAUCUGAACCUAAGCGCUCCUGGAGCUUUCCGUCCUCCGCUGUCGUUGCUUGAGUCACGCCGUCGUACCCAGGCUUAUGACCAACAUUUAAACAUGAUUCUUGGUGACGUUGAAGAGAUACUAACUACGGUGGAAAUUGAUGAUGAGACCUAUGAAGAAAUUGUUCGGACAACCAGGCGAACAGUGCCAUUUCUCUUUGUUCGAGGUGAUGGAGUUAUUUUAGUUUCUCCACCUCUGCGGACGGCCUGACAACUUAAGAGAGAUGUUUUUAGUGAUGCACCAAGUUGUGGUCUGUGACUGCAUUAACUAAAUUAUUUUCAAUAGUUGUAUUGGCCACGAGAUCUAAUAUAUCUGGAUGGUUAAGGUUGUGAUUUUUCUUUGAAUACCUCCAGUUUAUUUGAAACAACGGGAUUUGCUUUGUGUAUGGAUAUUAAUGAGCGAUGAGAGCCUUUGAUGCCAGAGUUUCA